CUACAUGUUGUGAAAACCUCACUUGUUUCGUGGACUAUGUACAGACCCUGUCCUGUAUCCUGAGAAAUGACUUGGAUCCCAGUUCAUAUAACCUCACUGCAACAUGGGUUCCUGAGGAAGAUCCAGAAAAUACUGUGGCUGCCUGCAGUCUUCUACAACUGUCCAGGAACACCAGUCACACACAGUACAUGUGCACUGUGGACAUGACUGUACUCCUGGCAGAUAUCAAGGUCCAGGUGGAUGUUACGGAGAUAGCUGAUAGGCAGCACGUGAUUUCCAAAGACUUUUAUAUGGCAGAGAACAUCAAACCACAGCCUCCAUUCAAUCUGACUGCUGUGUUCUCAGAGGGUUACAAUAUUUCUUGGGAAACCAUCUACCAGAACUCUCCUUUCUACUUUUUAAAUGAGGAGCUGGAAUAUCAGCUGCGUUAUAAGAGAAGGACCGACACCUGGGAGACUCAGAAGACUAAAGCUGUCCACGAAGAUAAACGGACACUGGUGAUCCUGCCAUGGGAGCUCCAGGCGAACACUGAGUAUGAGAUCCAAGUGAGAGCCAGACCUCGAGAAGACACUGGCUACCAUGGAUUUUGGAGUGAAUGGAGUCUUCCACUGAUGUUGAAAACCAGCCCUGCCGCAGUGACACAGACAGCAGGCAUGGGAUGGCUGCUGCUGUUUGGUGUUGUCGUGGCAAUCACUGCCUCAAUCACAACCUUUCUGGCCAAACAGUGGAGCUUGUGGAAGAAGAUGGCUUGCAUCCCAGAUCCUGCUUCCUUUUUCAAACCUCUUUACCUGGUGCAUAAUGGAGAUUUCAAGAAGUGGGUUGGUGCAUCCCAUAUGAAAAUGACCCUCGAUUUCUUUGAAUGGGGAAUAGUCCUUCCAGAAGUCCUAGAAGUUUACACCAUGCGUCCUUCCAACAGCACCUCACGGGAGGAGCUGCGUGAGCUGAGAAGAGAUCUGCCUUGGAAGCCCUGCGUGUCUUGCCCAACUACCGCAGGUCAGGAUAGCCAGUCCCUGCUGUCUAGUGUGAACAGUAGCAGUGGGACUCAGGACCAGUCAUAUGGGCAUUUGUCCAUUGAUACUGUGACUGUGGCCGAUGAAUUUACACCUUGUAGCUGCCAGUGCAACUGUAACCGUGUGUACAGGGCACAUGAGCAUACCAGCGAGGAAGACAGUGCUGGAGAAACUGGUUACCCCAAGGUUAAUGUUGAUGAUGAAGACAGAAAGAUAUCCAGUGACUUGCAUCUGGCUGACCUGAGCACACAGGAUAAAAUACUUGCUUCAGGCUCUGUGUCCACAGACCAUUUGAGGAGCACAAGUGUCCCAGCCCACCAGCAAGUAGAAAGGGCUUUGGAAGGAGGGGUGGGGAGCAUCCUAGAAGCCCUUUGCUUGCAGCCUAAUCAGUGGGAUUUGGAAAAUCCAGGUUCUCUGCCUUCUCCUGAUGGUGAAAGUGUUUCCUACAGUGAAGGCUCCUAUGAUUUCUUCCCUCACAUUGCAAGGCCUGGUGACAGUUACCCUAUGAUCUGUGUAGAUUUGGACACUAUUGACAGUGGCUUUGUGGACUCGGACUGUGGGAGUCCAGUUGACUGUGAAUUUGAGCAAAACAGUCAGACCAACUGUGAGUCCAUCCCUCUUGAGCAGGAGGGGGAGAACUUUCCACGGAGCUACGUCAAGCAGUGGGUAUCCUGUCGCACUGACAGCCCUGUCAAUGGGACACAGACAAACUGAGGACUUGAUGUUGCCUUGCAGAGUGUAUGGUCUUUUCCAUACUAUGCCAGGAGCACAGUGUUAGCAAAAUUCAGAAGA